AUGACUGAAGUGGAGACUCGUCAGAAGGACUUUUGGUCCACCGAGACCUACGAAGCAGUUGCUUCUUUUGUGCCGCAUUUCGCAGACACCCUAGUCCAGAGCAUAGACUUUAAACCUACCGAUCGAGUUUUGGAUAUCGGAUGUGGUGAUGGAAAAUUCACCACCUCUUUUUCUCCCGCAGUGAAAUAUGUGAUGGGAGUUGAUUCUUCUCCGGCGAUGAUAGAAGCCGCGAAAACGCAGAACUACGGCGGAGCAGUCACGGACUUCCGAGUUGUCGAUUGCCGGUACCUCAAUAAGGAGGCUGAUGUUGUGAAUGGUAACUGGGAUAAAGUGGCCUCUAAUGCUGCGCUGCACUGGGUUCUGAGAGAUCCAACCACCCGUGUCUCUACACUGGAGACAGUGUACCGCUCCCUGAAACCAGGCGGAACGUUUUUCUUCGAGAUGUGUGGAUUCGGAAAUGCACCUGAAAUGGUCACGUCGUACAUUUUCGCGCUUGUCAACCAUGGGAUUCCUGUCGAAAAGGUAGAAGCGAUGAUCCCCUGGUUCCAUCCUUCUGAUGACUACAUGAAGGGGUUGCUAGAAGACAUCGGCUUCCAGGUCAAGUUGAUAGAUCUGAAGCCUCAGCCUCUGAAGAUGAAUGCUGAGAUUAAUGGUGGGCUUGAAGGCUUUAUGCGGCUUCUUGGCGAGCCGUGGUUGGAUGCUCUCGAGACGGAAGAGCAGAAGAAGAGUGUCUUGACGCAGAUGUGUCGUAUGCUGCGACAUGGUACCACGAAGGAAGAUGGGAGUCAGUGGAUUACUUAUUAUAGCCUGAGAUGUGUGGCUGUGAAGCCUCUGUCGGGCUAA